AUGCUAGAGUGUUGCCUGGGACUGCUCGAGGCACACACUGAUCUUCUGAUUGAGGAAAAAGAGAAUGUUGCAGAGGACUUAGAUGAUGUAGUUGGAGAUGAUGAGGAAGGAGAAGGAAUUGUUUUGCAACAGUAUCCUUGGGAAGGUACUGAUAGGGAUUAUCAUUAUGAAGAGCUCCUGGGAAGAGUUUUCAACAUUCUCCGUGAGAAUAAUCCUGAGCUUGCUGGAGAUCGGCGCAGGACGGUUAUGAGACCUCCUCAAGUUCUUCGUGAAGGAACGAAGAAAACUGUUUUUGUGAAUUUCAUGGACUUGUGCAAGACAUUGCUUCUUUUGACCCCACAAAAGAAUAAAAAGAAGAAACCAGUGCCUCAAGACCUAGGUGAAGAAGAGCCUGUUGACUCUCUAGUAGAGAAAGCUGAGAGCUUAUCGAUUUCUGAAACUGGUGAAACAUCUUUUGCUGGUCUAAAAAAGAAAAAGAAAAAGUCGGAUCAGAGCUUCACCGAGUGGGACACCCGUUGGACCUCGGGACCCAGUCAGCCUUUCCCCCCUCCGCCACCACCGCCUUCGGAUGAGCAGUGA